UGGGCCACUUUCAACAAAUAAUACCAGUUUUUCAUCCCCCACCAAAGCCAGCAACGCACACGCAAUUGGUUGCCCGGAGGACCCCACCCUCACCACGGAGAGCCCCAGGCAACCGGGGCCACAAGCAGCUCGUGCAUCGGGGAAGGACGGCUUAGCCGCCCCUUCCGCCAAUAAACGACGCUGGGUCCCACCAUCGACGCUCCGGCACCGCGAUGCGGCUGCUACGCCUGAGUCACGCAAUGACCAGGUUUUCCGCAAAGUCCGGGGCAUUCUUAACAAGCUCACUCCAGAAAAAUUCCAGAAGUUGAGCGAUGACUUGCUGCGUGUCGAGCCGCAGUCAUCGGUCAUCUUAAAGGGAGUCAUCAUUUUGAUCUUCGAAAAGGCGCUAGACGAGCCGAAAUACUCGUCGAUGUACGCUCAGCUCUGUAAAAGGCUGAGCGAAGAGACGCCAACGUUUGAACAAAGCGACGGUACCACCAUCACCUUCCGCAUUCUGCUAUUGAACAAGUGCAAGACCGAAUUCGAGAACAGGGCGGCCGCCGUCGAACGUAACAUAAAUGGCUACGCGGAGGACGGGACGCCCCUCGACCGCGAGGAGCUCGAGGAGAGACACGCGUCCGCCAAACGCAAGAUGUUGGGCAACAUUAAGUUCAUCGGCGAACUCGGGAAACUCGAGAUCCUUUCCGAGAGUAUCUUGCACAGAUGCAUCAAGGAAUUGCUCAUGCGACACGGAGACGAUCCAUCCGAAGACCUGGAGUGUCUCUGUCAGAUCAUGCGCACAUGCGGCCGCAUCCUCGAUACGGAAAAGGGCCUCUACCUUAUGGAUCAGUACUUCAAGCGAAUGCAGGCGCUCGCCCAGAAUAUGGAUCUGCAGCCCCGGAUAAGGUUUAUGUUGAAAGACAUAAUUGACUUGAGGAAUGACAAUUGGAUGCCUAGAAAGGCGACAGUGGUCGAGGGACCCGUUCCGAUAGCGCAGAUCAGACCUGCCGAUAAUGAUCGAUUAGGUUUUAGAAGAGACCGUAACCAGGAACGCGAGUCCGACCGCAACCAGAGCGAUUCCCUGUUCCGGCACCCGUUGAAAACGCGCGGCGGUCUCGACGACAUCAUGGCCGGCAUUUCGUUCACCUCUCCCGCGCCCCUAAUCCCGGUCGGGCCCCCUUUCGGCGGACCGAACGGGUUCGGGGGCAGGGAGGGCCGCGACGGCCCCUUCCGCAACGAUCGCAGGGGCGGAUCCGCAUACAACAACGCCGGCAACUACGAGGGCAGCAGACGCGGACACUAUAAACACAACCAGAACAAUUCCGGGUCCAAUUUUAGUAACCAAUCGAAUAAAGAAGUGGCGCCCCGUUUCAAGCGCAAUAAUCUGAUCGUUGCCAAAGAGGAGUUACAGGAGGUGGAGCUGCGCCCGAACUCGAUGCCGUUCAACAAGUCGUUGGUGCGCAACCAUAACAACAUGAACGGGCCGGUCUCGAUGCCGCUCCGCGCCAGCAUGAUGGAGCCGCCCUCUUUCGGGGGCGGCAAGCAGCCGCCCAGCGCCGUCAAGGAGCCGCUGCCGAUCAAGCAACUUACCCAGGACCGACCCAAAUCUAAGAAAGAUAAGGGUCCAAGUAAAGAAGAAGUCCUAAAGAAAUUCAACACUUUACUGGACGAAUACUGGAAAGGAGAGGUGGAUCUCAAGCAAGCCAUCAAUUCGUACAAAGAGCACAAAGUACCGGACAAGUUCGCCAAAGAUGUGACGCUGUCCGGUUUGUCUCUUGCCCUCGACAAGUCCGAUGCCGAACAAGAGAAAUUCAUAAAACUACUCGGGAAUUUAAAAGAGGACGGCGCGGUAUCGGGUGGAGCGAUCCAAGAGGCCUUCAAGUCCCUCUGCCACGUGUUGGACCAACGCGAGACCGACGUCGAGGGUGACAAAAGCGCCGCCGUCAUUUCGGCCGCGUCGGUAUUACUGGCCGCCGCCGUAUGCGAACACUUGGCACCGUUGUCCGACGUUGCCGUGCUCACGGAUAACGGGGCGCACUAUCCGCUAUUUUUGAUGGUGCUACAGCGGGUGAAGAAGAAAACCGGCAAGUCGGAACUGAGCGAGAUGUUUAAUAAGAGUAAAAUUAACUUAAUGGCACAACUGCCCGAAUCCGAAAAAAACAAGGAGAGACUCACCGAGAUCCUGGAGGAACGGGAACUGACAUUUUUGUACCCGUUGCUCCGUAUCCAGGCGGAUCUUACGCGACAACUAGCGGCCGACCCUAAUCCACAAGUAUUUUACAAGUGGCUUAAGGAAAAUAUGGAAACGGCCAACUUUAACGAUCCAGGAUUUAUUAACGCCCUCGUUACCGUUUUGAUCAAGUAUAUUACGCAGGAGGCGCAAUCCGCCGGAGACGAGAAGGCUGUGGCCGAAAAGGAGGUGUCCAUCCUAAAACGUUACCAACCGAUCCUUCACGAGUUUCUACGUGACAAAUCGUCGCUGCAACUGGUGGCCGUGUAUUCAUUACAGAUGCACUUCCACGCCCAGGGGUUCCCCCGGGGUCAACUGUUACGGUGGUUCGUCUCGAUGUACAAUUUAGAAAUCGUCGACGAGGAGGCGUUUUUGAACUGGAAGGAGGACAUCACCGACGCUUAUCCCGGUAAACAGCAGGCGUUAUUCCAGGUUAACCAAUGGCUCACUUGGCUCCAAGAAACGGAAUCCGACGACGAAGAAGGCGACGACUGAGCAUUUCACCCAGCUAUUCGUGAAUUAUUCCCGAUAAGUCUAAACAACAACAACAAAAAAAAAACAAAAAAAAAUUAAUAAAUAAACAAAAAAAAAGUGCAAAAUACCCGAAAAAAGUUCUCGAUAAAACAAACGCAGUUUUCAACGAGGUACAUUCUAGUUGAUUUUAAAAUAAGGGUUUGGAUUCGUUACUUUGUCCUUUAUUAGAAUAUUAUUAUCCAGAGACUAAAGCAAUAAAGAUUGACGCUAUAUCGACACUACUAAAGCCUCCUCGGUAGGUCAGUGUUUACAUGUCACUUUUGUUCGCUCUAGUUAUGGUAAGUCUUAUUUUAAACGUAGCAUUAAUGACCGUGUAACUUAGGAAAAUAUUUAGUAUAAUAAUAAUAAUAACGUUGCCUUUUCUGUAACGCCUUAACAUAUUAUAACGUUUGGCUUACAAAAAAAGCGUUUUGUGUGCGAUCGAUGCCUUUAUAAAAUCAAUUUGCUUUUUUAUAAGGCGAUAAGAUGUACUGUUAGCGCUUAAAUUAUUAUUAUUGUGCCGCAUAUAUGGUGUGGUAUUGUUCUUUCUUUUUUUUUUUAAAUAUUAGACUGCCGCUUGAUCCAAGCUCGUGUUUUAAAACUUUUAGAAUGACUUUUUAGUUUAGGAUUUAUUUUAUUUUUGUGCAAUUAUUUUUUUACUUUUUCCUAUUAUACAAUGUGACAAUUUACUUGAUUAUACGGUAAUACCAUUAUGUUCAGCAGAAAGGCUCUUUUUUCCCUGACGACCUUUGACAAUUGUGCAACAGUAAAUUGUCAUUAUUUUUUUUUUUAAGUGUUUGCCGAGGGUAUUAUACCAGGUGUUUUUAAAUGAAAAUUAUUUUAUUCUUAUGAAAGACCACGUUUUACUCUAUUGUGACAUAAUUGUCGCUAAUUUUGAAACACACCAACAAAUUCAAAUAGUCAUUGAUUGGGUGCUAGAUCCGGAUUGUACGGAGGAAUGUUCCCAAGGCAAACGAUGCGAUAAGCUAUUGAGUUUGAUUUGCCUUAUGUGCAGCAAAAUAACACACUUGCUGAGUCUUUUGUUGCUCUAUGCUGUGAGAUUUAACAAAAGGCAUGGCUUACUGGGUGAGUCUGAUUUUGUCCAAUCAAACUCAAGAGUGUAUCACAUCGUAGGAGAAUUGUACCGCCCGUACCAUCUAGAAAUUUUACACUUUUUAAAUGGCUUAUUUUCACAAUACCGGUGAUACGACGAGUAUCUCAGUAUUAGCGGAUUUUAGGUCGAAAAACAGAGUAAAAUGUGGCCUUUGAUAUGAAUCUUUUUUUUUGUUCAUAAAGACGCCUUGUAUGAAUUGAUAAUUAGGCUUUUUAGGGUCGUAUCGAAAUGUAUCAUUUCUUAGUCUCAAGGGCAUAAAAAUCUGUCAAUUUCUUCUUAAUUCCUAUCUUACUAUGUAACAGUUUACAUGAUUAGUCUGCAUUUCCAUUACGUAAAACAGAAGGACUUUUUUCCUAAUCCUAUGCUUAAAUUAAAUUGACUGGAUAAAAUUGUCACUUAGCAGGCAUUUUUUUGGCAAUCAUGCUACUAAACCUCAACCUGUAUUUAACUUUGGAGCAAUUUUCCAUUUUAUUCCAGGCAUUUCAAGACAUUUUAACCUUUUUUCCCCUGUCAUUUGAAGCCAGUUUCAGGUUUUUUAAAUUAAUGUUAUUAGUUAAGUAAUAAUCGUGUAACAAUCAAAGUCUUAGCUGAAAGUUUAAAAUCAGAUCCUCUCUAUUUAAAUACAACAUGAAGUAAAUAAAUGGUUUGUUUGACAUAAACAAUAGGUUUUUAUUCAAAAACAAACAAAUUAUUGAAAAAUCCGUAUUGAAACAAACAAAUUUUACUGGUUAUGUUGCUCGAAAGAAGUUGUUAGGAUUGAUAUCUGAUUGUUUACCCAAAAUUGUCACUUAAAAGGUAGUAGUUGGUUUCAUCAUUAAUUUAUUUAUAAUUUCCAUACUUUUGGAGCAAUUUUCCACUAUAUUCCAGGCAUCUGAAGUUACUGUUCUAUGUGCUUCAAGUCUUUAAUAAAUUUGUUUGUAACUUCCAGGCAUUUGAAAACGUUUUAACGGUUCAGUGUUCUAUUGAUGCUUAGGAGAUUCCCUAUCCAAGAAGUAUUAAUGAUAAUUAUGUACCAAACUUUGAAGCUAUUGUCCUUUUUAUACCAGACAUUUGAAUUACAUGUUAUUGGUUAACGAAUAAUCGUGGAACAGUCAAACAAUCUCAGCUGAAAACUGAUCCUAUCUAUUAAAAUACCUACAAAAUACAACAUGGAGUGGGCUUGCUUGAAUUAAACUUAAGUUUUUAUUCAAAAACCAUAUUGAAACUAAUUUUGCCCUUUGAAAGGAGUUUUUGGGAAGGAAAUCUGCUUUUAUUUAUAUGUUCCAGACUUGUAAAAUGUUAAUAUUUUAUUCCAGACAUCUGAAGCUACUUCCAGGAAUUGGAAAUACAUUUUCAUUAAUGAUGAUAUUGCUAACGAAUAACAGGGGUACAAUGAAACAGUAUUGUCUGAAAUAGCCUUUCUAUUUAAAUACCCACAAAAAUUACAACAUAAAGUAAAUGAAUGGGUCUGUUUAAAUUAAACUUAAGUUUUUAUUCAAAGACAAUAUUGAAAUAAACAAAAUUUACUGGUUCUGUUGUUGUAAAAGAGUUUUUGGGAAACAAAACUGAUUUUAAUCAAAAUUCUCACUUAAAAGGUAGUUUUUGGCUUCACAAAUUAUUUAUGUUCCAGACUUUAGGAUUAAUUUUCCAUUAUAUUCCAGGCAUUUGAAAACGUUUUAUCGCUUUAUCGUAAACGCUUGUAGAGGUUUACUAUCUAAGAAGUAUGAAUCUAUGUAAGGAUUGUGGAUGGUUAUUUAUCUUGAGUCUUUGAGAAAUAACUACGAAUAUGAUAUUUGUAAUAUGGGGAGAAAUGCCGUGUAUAAAGCUUACUCCUUUCUUUAGUUUUUUUCCCUGGUAUUUGAAACCAAUUUUAAACUUUUCCUAGACUGAGACGUUGACGCCUUUAAUAAAAAAAUAUUGAAAUUCUUAUUUUUAUAGCGAAAAAAAUACAUCACUUGGUAGUUCCGUUAAUGAACCUUAAAUGCACAUCUGUCAAUUUUAUCUUAAUUCUUAUUGUACUAUGUGACAGUUUACACGAUUAUUCGGUGAUUUCCAUUAUUUACAACAUAAGCAAUCUUUUCUUCCUAUUCCUGUGGUCAAAUAAAAUUAAAUUCUUACUUAUUUAUAUGUACCAAACUGGAGCAAUUUUCCCUUUUGUUCCAGGCAUUGAAAGUUACUUUUCUACAUCCUUCAAGUAUGUAAUAUAAUUUCCCGGAAUUUGAAGACUUUUAAUGUUUUUCCAGCGAAUUUUGAAGCCAAUUGCGGACUUUUAAACUAAAGUUUCCUCUGAACUAAGUCCACGUCAACUAAAUGACUUCUGAAAUGAGCAAUUCUUCAUUAAACAGCAAAAACUUAGAUUUGCCAAUUUUCUCGUAAUUGCAUCUCUUUUUGCACUGAAACAAAUACGUUUUGAUACCACCUUAUGCUAGUCAAACAACAAACACUCAUUCUUAAAUAAAACCAAUUUUCUUAUUCUACCUUGGGGCUUAUAAAAUAUCUCCUCACCCCUUCGAAACACCUAUUUACCCUGAUGUGUUAUUUAGUUAAAUUUGUAAUUUCAUAGAUAAAGAUCUUUUUUUUUUUUUUAAAAUUUAUCGGGCAUUUUGCUAUAGCCAAAAUAACUCCCCGAACCGAUUUCGACCUGUUCGGAUCUCAUUAUCGGGCACACAAUCGGCCAUAGCAAAAUGGCCCGAAAUAAACUGAUGAUAUAACAGUAGUUUUAGAACCAACAGUAGGCAGAUAAAACAGGAGAUUAUCCGAGAAAACUUUUAAUUAAAGGAAAAAAAAACAAUUAAUAUUAAUUUAUUCGUUCCGUGUAUUAUUUGCUCACUGUUAAGCGAUUCGCGGGUCAAUAAAACGCCAUUUUGGGGGCACUUUAUCGACCCGCGAGUCGACUUAAGAACUUGUUUAGAUCUGUAAGGUUAUUUUAUCCGCGAGGCCUGACCGGCGAAUUUCUUAUUUUCAUGACAUUCGUUUCUAAAUUUAUUAACAUUAAUCGCCGAUUGGCCGCGAAACAAUUUUCUUUUUUUUUUUUUAAGAAUUUAAUAACAGCGGUAUAGGAAUUAAGUCGGGCUUUACUCAUAAGCGGAUUUUUGAUGGAGUGCCUUCCGAAAAACGCACAAUCAUUCACAUGAGGGUGACAUUAUAAAGGUCGAAACGUCCACUAAAAUAACACACGUUUUAAACUUGGAAACUCACUUGGUUUAUUGGGCUUUAAAACUUUUUUAUUAACGAUUUAAUUAUCUUUUAAAGAGUCUACUGGGGACCUGAAUAGAUGCUUUGUUGGGUAGAUUUACAAACGUAAACUUCCAUCAAUCUUUCUCUCAUUCUACCAUCAAGUGCAUUUUAAGAGCUUACAUUCAGCACCCGGUUCUAACUCAAUUUCCUGGAAUAAUGUUUUUAUUUCUUCCAGGCAUUUGAGGGCAAGAAAUAAACACAUUAUUCCAGGCAGUUGAGUGCAUUCUAAUAGCUGACAUAGAAGAUAUAGACAAUUAGGUGCAAGUCUUAACUGCCUUGAAGAAUAUUUUUAUUUCUCAGGCCAUUGAGUGCCAGAAAUAAAGGCAUUCUUCCAGAUAAUUGAGUCCAUUCCAGUAGCAGACAUAGGAACACUAGGUUCGAACUCAACUGCCUGAAAGAAUGUUCUUAUUUCUUCCAGGGAAUUGAGGUCGAAAAAUUAAAACAUUAUUCCAGGCAGCAGUUGGGUGCAUUAGUCCAACGCAGUUUUCAAAAUUUUGUAACAACUCCAAACACCAUAAUUUAUAGCCAUCUGCAAGUCAUUUUUCAUGUCUACUACUACUGUUUGCUCCACAUUAUGCAUAUUGAUUUCACAACAAUAUUUAACUAGUUGUGUUUGAAAAUGGCAAAGAAUUUGUCUUUUGUUUCCAGAAACUACCUUUAUACGUACAAUUUUCAUCAGAUUUUGUUUAAAACAAUGUAGAUUUAUCAUUGCCUCAAGUGAUGGGGUUAGACUCAUGUGAUUAGGUUAAAUCAAAACAUCACCAGGUUCUAACUCAACUGACUGGAAGUAUGUUUGUUAUUUUUUGCUCUUAAUUUCUUAGACGAAUAAAAACGUUCCUUUCAGAAUAUUGAGUUAGAACUUGAUGAUAUGUAAACUGGUGGAAUAUGUCCAUCCACUUAAUUGUCUGAAAGGCGUAAAAACCUUAUUGUUAACGUUAUUUUUUCCUUAACUGCCUAGACGAAAAAAAAAACAUUCUUCCAGGCAGUUGAGGAUGGGUAUUCUGCCUAUGUUGUAAUUUAAAUGCUAUACAAAAUAACAUUGCAAUUAUUUCUGCUAUAGUCCAUUCAUAAACAAGAGGCCAGACAUAAACAAAGCGCUUCUAAUCGGUUAAAGAAAAAUCUAUGUAAUAAAUAUGACGCAAUGUUUGUUCCUAAUGGAGUCAACAGUUUAUAACAAAAGUAAUCAUUUAUCGUCAUAUCUAAUACAUAUAUAAUACCUAAAAUGCCUAGAAGAAAUAAACCAAUUGCAGUUAAGGCCAAAAAUAAAACAAUCUUCGUGUUAUAUUGAGUUGACGUUUUCACCUCUAUUAGUUUAUCCUCAGGACAAACAAACUGAGAGAUGCACUAUCAUCGCAUAUUUGCACGUCUUUACUUAUAUUUUUUUCGUGAUUAAUUCAUACAGUUCAACUUGUCUAAGAGUAUUCUAUUUUUGAGCUAAAUCGAAUAACGUAAUAAAAACACUAUUCCAUGCAAAUGUCCAACUAAGAUUUGUAAGUCUGAAGUGUUUUAGCUUAGUUUUGAUAUACUGGCACAAUUUUACGAUUGAUUUGAGGUUCCGGACCGUGGUUUUUCGGACAGCACUUUACCCAUUUAAUUUUAUUAUAAUUAUAUUUUUUUAAGUAUUUUCCCUUGUGUGAUUUGUUUAAAUGUGCACCUUACCCGAUUCAAUUUAAUCCGUUUAAACGUAAAUAAAUGUCUUUUGUCAGAUUUGUCUUUGAAAUAAAAUAAAACAUGUUCUGUGGCGUUUUACCAUCUACGCCAAUUUUUUA